UGCCUAAACUCAACCUCCAUUGUUAAAAAAACCUCGAAGCAUUUACUUUCCCAAAAAUGGCGUCAGACCAAGACUCCCAGCCUCUCCACUGGCACUUCGUCGAUUUUGACGACCACGACUUCCAAAUCCGAGGCAGCGCCGUCUUCUUGACCGUGGUCCUCUUUGCCAUCCUCCUUAUCUUGGCUCUCAUCUUCAUCUACGCUCGGUGGCUAUGCAGCUCCCGUCAUCCACAAGAGCUAUCACAAAGCUCCCACGCGCCUCCGCCUCCUCCGCCGCAGCAGACACGAGGGCUGGACUCCGAUACGAUCAAUGCGUUGCCGCUGACUAUGAUGACGAGCGGGAGCGAGUGUUGUAUAUGCCUUGGGGUGUUUGAAGAUGGUGAGAAAGCUAAGGUUCUGCCUCAUUGUCAACACUGUUUUCACCCCGAGUGUGUUGACAGGUGGUUGAGUUCUGAGUCUAGUUGCCCACUCUGUAGAACUUCUCUCCGAGUCGAAUCAGAUCGGGUCCUUCAUCAGAAUAUUCCGGCCAUUAAUGUAAAUGAAUUUGUUCAAUGA